GACGUCUCAGAAGUUUAGGAACCACAUCUGUGUUUUUUUGUUUUUUUUUUUCUCGGGCAGAGUCCCAUUGUAUUGAACAGAGAGCGGCGUUGCGCAUACGCGGUGGUAAAGCAUGGGAAAAGCAUUUCAAGGGAUAUAAUAACCCUUAUUCGAAGAUGACGGAACCGGCCUCAGCUCUCACCAAAGAAGGCUGGUAUCUCACAGAUGAAGGAAUAGCAGAGUGCAAAAGCUCUUCAGAGAAAGAGAAUGCAACACUCAGUGACAUCAUCGUCGUAGCAUUAAACAGUGAUCUGAGACCAAUUGGAAAGAGUUUCCUGCCAUCUGACAUCAACAGUGGCAGAGUGGAGAAGUUGGAGGGCCCAUGCGUGCUGCAGGUACAGAAGAUCAGGAACGUUGCUGCCCCAAAAGAGCAUGAGGAGUCCCAGGCCGCCCCUCGAAUGCUCCGCCUCCAGAUGACCGACGGCCAUACCAUGUGCACAGGGCUGGAAUUUAAACACCUGUCAAAAAUCAGCCUGAACACUCCACCUGGAACCAAAGUGAAGCUCGUGGGCUCUGUGCCACUGAAAAACAGCUUUUUGCUCCUCGACGAUUCAAACAUCACAGUCCUUGGUGGCGAGGUGGAUCACAUGAUCGAGAAAUGGGAGUUGCAGAGGAGUCUGGCCAAGCACAGCCGGAGUAACAUAGGUGCAGAGGGUGGGCCACCCCCAUUUGUGCCCUUUGGACAGAAAUGCAUACGCAAGGAGGAGGUGGACAGUAAGGUGCUGGACCAGAGGAAAACCUUACAGAGCAGCGGCAUGGGCAAAAUCGCCAGUGAAAAUGACGAGUUUGAGAAGCAGAGGAUUGCCGCAAUCGCUGAGGUCGCCAAGAGCAAAGAGAUGCGUACGUUUGGGGGUGGAGGCUGCGCUGGGGGCAAUCUCGCCAACCCGACGGCAGUCUCCAAGAACCGCGACACAUACCAGCGCAGAAGAGAGGAGCGAGAUAAGGCCUGGACAGACAGCAAACCGGAGGGGGUUUAUCGAGAGCUGGUGGAUGAACGGGCUCUACGGGACAUUAUGGAGAUGGGCUUCAAUAAGGAGGCAGCCAGACAGGCUUUGCUGGACAACAACAAUAACGUAGAGGUGGCCCUCAACUCCUUACUCACAGGAGCCAGUCAGACCAAAGCAGCUCCCGUGGAGCCUGGCCGCCCUCCGCCCCGAGGUAAGGGUAGAGGGCGAGGAAGAUCCAGGCAAGAUGAGGAUGAGGAGGGAGGAGGAAGACCCUCUGGCCCUAGCACGCUGUUUGACUUUCUGGAGUCCAAAAUGGGAGCGUUCUCUAUUGCUGAGUCAAAAAGACAGCCAGUGCAGAAGGCACAGGAGCCUGUGGGCAGAACGAGCUUCCCAAAUCCCGACCACACCCCCCGUGACGGCCCGCAGCCCAAGCACGGCAGCCGCACCGAGGGCAGGGUGCAGAGGAGCGACAGACCCCCCCGCUUCCAGCGCGAGGUGGACUUCCCCAGAGCCAUCCCUGCUGAGCCCCCACUCACAGCCCCCUUGCAGCCUCCACCACAGAGAUGGAGGGAUGGAGAGAGAGCGGGUAGGAAUGGGUCUGACCGAUGGAAGGACGACAGGCGGGAUGUGAAGGGUGGGCAGGGGAGCUCCACAUCUUCAGGGAACCCGAGAUCGAAGGAGCAACAGGGUCCUUCUGGCAGCUUCUACCAGGGGUCAAAAGACCAGGGAGGGCCGAAGGGGUCCGAGCAGGUGUUGCAAGAUGGAGGGUCAAGAGAACAAGGACAGAUAGGAGGGUCUGAAUCACUUCCAUUUAGGAAGAGCCAGACGAAUGGGCCAUUAGGAGCCAGAACGCUGGAAUCUUCUCUGUUAACCUCAGACCCUAAAGCGAGACCUGAACCACACAGCAGGAAAAAAGGCAAGUCAGAAAGACCCAAUUUGGCCCACUUUGAUCGUAAUCAGGAGGCAAUGGGCAACUUGAACCCUGUCCAAUUUACAGGGGCAAAGGACUCUACCAUUAUACAGGAUGGGAGAAAGGGUCAGCUAGCUAAAGCGGUAGGGAAUCCAAACAUGCAUCUCCAAAAUGGUGAUUCCGAUCAUAGACGGACUGGUCCCAUCAAACCACAAUCUUUGGGUCCACCAAACAAGAACAACAGCUCUUUCAACUCUGCUCCCAAGAAAAGGUCUGGACCAGUCAGAGGUUACAGAGGGUCAAACACAGGUCAUGCACCGGAGUAUAGCAGCCACGGAAACUGGAAACCUGGUGACCAGUGCCUUGCACUUUACUGGGAGGACAACAAGUUCUACCGGGCCACGAUUGAUGCCAUGCAUCCCUCAGGCUCCACGGCAGUGGUGGUGUUUAGUGAUUAUGGGAACUGUGAAGAAGUCCUGCUUCACAACAUCAAACCUGUGCACAUGGAUGCAUGGGACGAGGACGAUGUUUACUACGAGAAUUCUCUGGAGUUUCGGCGGGGAGGAGAUGGACAGCCAAGACGCACUCGACCAACACAACAGUAUUACCAACCACCCCGAGCAAGAGACUGACACUGGGCCAGUGCUGGGACGGUAUGCUGAAGGCAAUCGAUCACAUCUGAUUCAAAGCUACGGCUCCGGGGCAAAGUCAACCCACACGCUCGAUGAUCAUCUCUGAAUCUCUUUCUCUCUCUCUCUCUCUCUCUCUCUCUCUCUCUCUCUCUCUCUCUCUCGCUCUCUCUAAAAUGGGGAAUGUACUGGGAGAGAACCUAAAGGGCUUGCUGCACAAGAUGCAUCGAUCAUAUCUGAACAUACGUUAACAUGAAAAUGCAAAUGGCUGCUGUACAUGUUGAUGAUUUGUACCACACUCGGUUCUAAUGAUCAUAAAAAUCACUGCACCCGUGUUUUUUUUC